GCCGCCGCUCCCCGCCGCGCCCCGGACGGCGCGAGCCCCCGCGCCCGCCGCCGCCCGCCCGCCCUGCCCGGCCAUGGGGCCCCGCGCCGGCGUGUGGCUGCUGCUGCCCGCGCUCCUGCUGGCCCGCGCCGCCGCCAAGGGCGGCGGAGGCUGUGCCGGCUCUGGCUGUGGGAAAUGCGACUGCCACGGAGUGAAGGGACAGAAGGGUGAGAGGGGACUCCCCGGAUUACAAGGUGUCAUCGGCUUUCCCGGCAUGCAAGGACCCGAGGGACCGGCGGGACCCCCAGGACAAAAGGGCGAUCCCGGAGAACCAGGACUUCCCGGAACCAAAGGAACCAGAGGCCCCCCUGGAGUGGCUGGCUUCCCAGGAAACCCAGGCCUCCCGGGUAUCCCCGGCCAAGACGGCCCCCCGGGGCCCCCAGGAAUCCCAGGCUGCAACGGAACGAAGGGUGAACGCGGGCCGCUGGGCCCCCCCGGCCUGCCCGGAUUCAUGGGCAACCCGGGACCCCCCGGGCUCCCCGGAAUGAAGGGAGACCCUGGAGAGAUCCUGGGCCAUAUCCCCGGGAUGCUGCUGAAGGGGGAGCGAGGCUUUCCCGGCCCCCCAGGAGUACCGGGUUCUCCAGGGUUACCAGGCCUGCAGGGACCCAUCGGCCCCCCCGGAUUCCAAGGAGCCCCCGGUCCCCCAGGGCCCCCCGGCCCGCCCGGAGAGAAGGGACAGAUGGGCCUCAGCUUCCAGGGCCCGAAAGGCGAGAAGGGGGACCAGGGGGUGAGUGGGCCUCCCGGGGUCCCAGGACAGGCGCAGGUGAAGGAGAAAGGCGAGACGGCCACCAAGGGCGAGAAGGGAGAGAAAGGCGAGCCCGGCUUCCAGGGGAUGCCGGGCUUCGGGGAGAAAGGAGAGCCCGGAAAACCAGGGCCCCGAGGCAAGCCCGGGAAAGACGGCGAGAAGGGAGAGCGAGGGUUUCCGGGCCUUCCCGGCGAAGCGGGCUUCCCAGGGCUGCAGGGCCGAGAGGGCCGCAAGGGAGACAAAGGCGACGCCGGACCCCCCGGGCCCCCCGGAACCAUCAUCGGCGAUGGGCCGCUGGGCGAGAAGGGAGAGCGGGGGUACCCCGGCACCCCGGGGGCCCGAGGGGAGCCGGGCCCCAAAGGCUUCCCAGGACAGCAAGGCCUGCCAGGACCCCCAGGCUACUCCAUCCCGGGCCAGAUCGGUGCUCCCGGCAUCCCCGGAGAGAGAGGACAGAAGGGCGACCAGGGGCCCCCGGGCGUGUCUCUGCCAGGACCAAGUGGACGGGACGGGCUCCAGGGCCCCCCCGGGCUCCCGGGCCCCCCCGGCCAGCCAGGCCACACCAAUGGAAUCGUGGAAUGCCAGCCUGGACCGCAGGGCGACCGGGGCCCCCCCGGGACCCCAGGACAGCCGGGGCUGAGUGGUGAAGUCGGAGAGAAGGGUCAGAAGGGAGAAGGCUGCCUCACCUGCGACCUCAUGGGGCUGCGAGGCCCCCCUGGGCCACAGGGACCCCCGGGAGAAAUCGGGUUCCCGGGACAGCCAGGCGCCAAGGGUGACCGCGGACAGCCUGGCCGGAAUGGUCUGGAGGGCCUGCCGGGACCGCAAGGUGUGCCGGGGCUGAUGGGCCAGCCGGGAGCCAAGGGCGAGCCCGGCGAGAUCUACCUGGACAUGCGGCUCAAGGGCGACAAGGGAGACCCCGGCUUCCCCGGACAGCCCGGCAUGCCGGGGAGAGCCGGCACCCCCGGGAGAGACGGCCAGCCGGGGCUGCCCGGCCCCAAAGGCUCCCCGGGCUCAAUAGGACUGAAAGGAGAGCGUGGGCCCCCCGGAGGCGUGGGGUUCCCCGGCAGCCGUGGCGACACUGGCCCCCCGGGACCCCCAGGGUUUGGCCCCAUGGGCCCCGUUGGUGACAAAGGACAAGCUGGCUUUCCAGGGAACCCUGGAGCCCCCGGGCUGCCAGGCCCCAAGGGCGAGGCGGGCCAGGUCGUCCCCAUGCCCGGGCCCCCUGGAGCAGAAGGCCGUCCCGGCUCACCCGGCUUCCAAGGACCCCAAGGUGACCGGGGCUUCCCUGGAACCCCCGGAAGACCCGGCCUCCCUGGAGAGAAAGGUGCCGUGGGCCAGCCUGGCAUUGGCUUCCCAGGGCCCCCGGGGCCCAAAGGUGUGGACGGCUUGCCUGGAGAGGCCGGGCCCCCCGGGAGCCCUGGCCGCCAGGGCUUCAACGGCCUACCUGGGAGCCCCGGCCUGCCAGGCCAGAAGGGGGAGCCCGGGGUGGGGCAGCCAGGCCUGAAGGGACAGCCCGGCCUCCCCGGCACCCCUGGCACGCCCGGAGAGAAGGGGAGCAUCGGGGGACCCGGCGUCCCCGGCGAGCACGGAGCCAUCGGCCCCCCCGGCCUGCAGGGCGUCCGAGGUGACCCCGGGCCUCCCGGCUUGCCGGGUCCCCAGGGUGCUCCCGGACUCCCCGGAAUGGGCCCCCCUGGAGUGAUGGGCCCCCCUGGAGGACAAGGACCCCCGGGCUCCGCAGGUCCCCCCGGACUGAAAGGAGAGAAAGGCUUCCCUGGCUUCCCCGGGCUCGACAUGCCCGGCCCCAAGGGAGAUAAAGGCUCCCAGGGGCUGCCCGGCCUCACGGGCCAGCUGGGGCCGCCCGGCCUUCCUGGACAGCAGGGCACGCCCGGUCUCCCCGGCUACCCAGGCCCCAAAGGAGAGAUGGGCGUCAUGGGCACCCCUGGACAGCCUGGCCUUCCCGGCACAGCGGGCAGCCCAGGGCUGCCGGGCCUGAAGGGGGACCUGGGCCUGCCUGGCUCCUCCGGGCCCCGGGGCGAGCCUGGCUUCAAAGGCGACAAAGGCGACGCUGGCCUCCCCGGCCUCCCUGGCUCCAUGGACAAAGUGGACAUGGACACCAUGAAGGGACAGAAGGGCGACCAGGGCGAGAAAGGACAAAUCGGACCCACCGGCGAGAAGGGGUCCCGGGGAGACCCUGGCACCCCAGGAGUCCCAGGGAAGGACGGCCAGGCCGGGCAGCCGGGCCAGCCAGGACCUAAAGGCGACCCUGGUAUUGGUGGCAGUCCCGGGGCUCCAGGGCUGCCUGGCCCCAAAGGGUCAGUUGGUGGAAUGGGCAUGCCAGGAGCGCCCGGCGUGAAGGGGCUGCCCGGGAUCCCCGGCCCUCAGGGCAUGCCCGGCGUGCCCGGCGAGAAGGGCACCAAGGGCGAGAAGGGCCAGGCGGGGCUGCCCGGCAUCGGCAUUCCUGGGCGGCCUGGAGACAAGGGAGACCAGGGCCUGGCGGGCUUCCCGGGGAGCCCUGGUGAGAAGGGCGAGAAGGGCAGCAUCGGGGUCCCGGGGAUGCCCGGCUCCCCCGGGCCCAAGGGCUCUCCCGGCAGCGCCGGCCACCCAGGGAGCCCGGGGCCGCCCGGAGAGAAGGGAGACAAGGGCCUCCCGGGCCUGGACGGCGUCCCCGGCGUGAAGGGAGAAGCAGGUGUCCCUGGACGGCCCGGCCCCACAGGUCCCGCGGGCCAGAAGGGCGAGCCGGGCAGUGAUGGAUUUCCGGGGUCAGCAGGAGAGAAGGGCGAGCCAGGGCUUCCUGGAAGAGGCCUCCCAGGGUACCCGGGCUCCAAGGGAGACAAAGGUUCCAAAGGUGAAGUCGGCGUCCCCGGCCUGUCCGGGAGCCCCGGGAUCCCUGGGACCAAGGGCGAGCCAGGGUUCGUGGGCCCGCCCGGCCCCCAGGGGCAGCCAGGCUUGCCCGGAGCGCCAGGCCACACCAUGCCGGGCCCCAAGGGCGACCGGGGCCCCCAGGGCCAGCCCGGACUGCCAGGCAUGCCCGGCCCCAUGGGUCCCCCCGGCCUGCCCGGGCUGGACGGCCUGAAAGGGGACAGAGGAAACCCAGGCUGGCCGGGGACCCCCGGCGCCCCCGGCCCCAAAGGAGACCCCGGGUUCCAGGGCAUGCCGGGCAUCGGCGGAGCUCCAGGGCUGACCGGCUCCAAGGGGGACGUCGGGCCUCCCGGUGUCCCGGGGUUCCAAGGUCAGAAGGGGCUGCCCGGCCUGCAGGGAGUGAAGGGCGACCCCGGAGAUCAAGGCUACCCUGGCGCCAAAGGUCUCCCCGGCCCCCCCGGCCCCCCCGGCCCCUACGACAUCAUCAAGGGGGAGCCCGGCCUCCCUGGCCCUGAGGGUCCUGCCGGCCUGAAAGGGCUCCAGGGUCCUCCCGGCCCCAAAGGACAGCAAGGUGUGACCGGCUCCACUGGCUUGCCCGGACCUCCAGGCGCUCCCGGCUUCGAUGGUGCCCCCGGCCAGAAAGGAGAGACCGGCCCGUUUGGGCCGAUGGGUCCUCGAGGCUUUCCGGGCCCACCAGGCCCCGACGGGCUGCCGGGCUCCAUGGGCCCCCCAGGGACCCCGUCGGUGGACCACGGCUUCCUGGUGACCAGACACAGUCAGACCGUGGACGACCCGCAGUGUCCGCCGGGCACCAAGGUCCUGUACCACGGCUACUCCCUGCUCUACGUGCAGGGCAACGAGCGGGCACACGGCCAGGACCUGGGCACGGCCGGCAGCUGCCUGCGUAAGUUCAGCACCAUGCCCUUCCUCUUCUGCAACAUCAACAACGUCUGCAACUUCGCCUCGCGCAACGACUACUCCUACUGGCUGUCCACGCCCGAGCCCAUGCCCAUGUCCAUGGCGCCCGUCACCGGGGACGCCAUCCGGCCCUUCAUCAGCAGGUGUGCGGUGUGUGAGGCGCCGGCCAUGGUGAUGGCGGUGCACAGCCAGACCAUCCAGAUCCCACAGUGCCCCAACGGCUGGUCGUCGCUCUGGAUCGGCUACUCCUUCGUCAUGCACACCAGCGCGGGCGCCGAGGGCUCCGGCCAGGCCCUGGCGUCGCCCGGCUCCUGCCUAGAGGAGUUCCGCAGUGCUCCCUUCAUCGAGUGCCACGGCCGAGGCACCUGCAACUACUACGCCAACGCUUACAGCUUCUGGCUCGCCACUGUCGAGCGGAGCGAGAUGUUCAAGAAGCCCACGCCGUCCACGCUGAAGGCCGGGGAGCUGCGCACGCACGUGAGCCGCUGCCAAGUGUGCAUGAGGAGGACUUAGCGCGCCGCCGCCGCCCCUCCAUGGUGCUAGCCCCGUCCCGACAGCCGCCCGCCCCAUAUAGCCAUGUACCUCACCGUCCGCCAGAAGCCGCCGAGGGCCUCCUGGGGACCCGCCUGACUAACACCCCGCUUCCUGCCUCUCCUGCGGGGACGGGCAGACUCGCUUUCCGUAGUGGCAUAGGCCGGCACUUGUGGGGACUCUCCUGACCGCCGACGUGUCCCGAGAAUCCAUCGACGCCAAAGGGUGCUAGGGGGGCGGCCCUCCGCCGCCCCCCACCUUGUAUUAUAGUAGACGAGUUUGUCAUCCCAGAGGAAAUGUCUGUUCCUAGCGCUGUCUCGCUGUUCCCAGCCCAGGUCUCCCUCGGUCUGUCCACACGAUCGUGACGCAAAACAGUGUUCGGACCUCCAGGGGGGGCGGGGCCUGCGGCCUCGUCUUGGCUCCCCCCACUCUGAGUCUCGGUCUCUCUGCUCUGUGUGGUACUAGGUCGCUGCUUCUGCAGAAAUCACAAUUUUACUGUGGAAUGAACAUGGUCCAAAAGUAGGCAGGAAUGAAGUAUAUAUAUAUAUUUUUAGUAAUUUAUAUAGGUUCCAGCAAUCAGACAGGGCAAGUCUCCGUUUUGUCCCCCCUCUGCAGUAGAGCCGACAGACUCUCCCGCUGUCCUGGGAUCCCAGCUCUGGGCUUCACCACGGGAAGCAUCGGUUGUCCUUGUUCGCCUCCCGGCCGAACACCGUGUCUUGCCCAAACCAGGCUCUGCCAGCGGUGCUGCCCCGGCACAGCCACGUCCCGGGGGUUGCUUUAUCCUGUAUAUCGUCAGGGUUUACACACUCACCACAAACUGAAUGACUUGACUUCUCGAGCGCCGCCCUGGAAAGGCCGUCACGGUCGGGCCCCUCCUCUCGGCCAGGUGGGAAACAGCUUGGCGGACGUCGGUGGCGUCCCCAUGACGCGUGCAGCGGCUCCCGUGGCCUCCCAGGGCCAUGUGCAGACGUCGGCGGGACGCGUGGGUCUCAGGAGAGCAGAAUUGGACCACUAUGCCUGAAACGACAUUUCACUAAAAGUCUCCAAAAUAUUUUAAAGACUACUAAGGCCUUUUCUGUAAUUUCCUUAAAUGUGUAUUUCUUUAAAAAAUGCAAAUUUGUAAUAAAACUAUUUGUAUAAAAAGGA